AUGCGGAACAGGCGCAAGUACUACGCCACGGUCGGGCAGAUCAACUUCGCGGAGCCCGCCCGGAUGGCCGACGCGGGCGUGCACCUCACGUCCCGGGUGCCCAACAUGGAGUCGCAGAUCGUGAUCGCCUUCGCCCCGAACUACGGCAACGCGGAGUACAGGAGCUACGACGUGCCGCUGGUGUUGAGGAUCCUGUUUCGCGAUAUCGAUGGAAUGCUCACGCCGCUCCACAGCGGUGCGCUCGGGGAGAGCCACGAGGCCCUCGACCCGGAGCUGGAGGUGCCCAUGGAGGGCGCCUCGCAGGCGCUCUGCGGCAAGCUCUUCGUGGAGAUGUGGACCAACGACGCCGAGGGCUUCCCGCUCCCGACGGGCUGCUACGUCGGGCCGCUGUACCAGGAUAAGCCGUCGGUGGACCCCUACACGGGGGACCAGGAGGCGACUCUGCCCAAGUACAGGGAGUACUUCAUUGUCUUCGGUUCCAACAACGGCCUGAAGAGCAUUUGCAUUGACUACCGCGAUGGGAGGACGACGAGCUGCGUUUACCAGCUGGUGUUGAAUGCGUUCAUACACAGCCUGACUGCGGUCGACGCGGACGGCAACAACCAGGAGCCCGUCAGCAUCUUCACGCUGUGCGCCAACCACUCCUCCAACGACUCCCCCUGCGGCCCGCCGUACAGCGUCAUCGAGUACGGGAAGGCGAGGGCCUCCCGCGUCACGGUCAGCACGGACGCCAACGGGCUGGAGCUCAGGAGCGUGGACAUGUCCCCGCUGGGCAGCGCCAAGCGCGGCGUCACCGUCGACAGCCCCUACGAGCUGGAGGAGUCGACGGCCACCUUCGGCGCCGAGUCGUUCGCAGGCACGAACCUCGAGUUCCGCGCGUACCCGCAGACGCAGACGAACCCGAUCCGGCCGGGCGCGUUCCUGCGCAUCUUCUUCUUCCCGCUGACGAUCUGGGACCUCGGCUUCACCGAAGCCUGCGCCGCGACGUGCAUCUCCCCGCCGGGCCACGUGUCCGCGGUCUGGGUCUCGCACCUGCUCCUGCUGAGCCUCAAGGGCUAUGGGUUGGCGGGGCAGGUCCUGGUAGCUCCGCCGACUGCUGCGGUCACGGGCGGUGGCGUCUGCACCACGCUCACAGUUCGGAAUCGUGCCAAGCACGUGAUGCUUGAUAUUCGUUUCCGCUGCGGGGGCGGGGGUGAUUACAGCCGAGCCUAA